AUGGAGCCCGUGGGUGCUACUGCCAGCAUACUCACGUUCGUGACUGUCGCGUUUUCCGCUACCAAGUCAAUUUACGGUGCCCUGUCAGCAAUCAAAGACGGUCCCGAAAUCCUCAGCUCUAUCAGCGAUGAAGUCUCCCAGCUCCAGAGUAUUCUUCAGAGAAUAUUGCAAGUGGUGUCAUCAACAGCGGGACCUGCCGAUCGAUCAAAGCUUGAGCAAAUGGUCAAGAAAUGCAGAGAUGAUUUGCUCGGAUUUGAGGCCAAGCUUCGCCAACUCGAUGUCGCAGGAGCCGAUGGCCGAAGAGGCCAAUUAUGGCGAAAGUUCAAGAUCUGCUUUGAAGAGAAAGACCUCGAUCGGAUCCGUCUUGUGAUCGGGAGGCAUGUCCAACUACUCACACUCUAUUUGGGCACCAUGCAGGACCAGCAGGCGUCGCUCAUCGCAGCACAAUCAACCGAAAUACUUGCCCAUGUCCAAAAACUCCAGCAGUCAUCACCUGCAGCCACACAGUCAAACGAGAUACUUACUCGUAUCCAAGAACUCCAGCACACAUCUCCUACCGCAACACAACUAAAUGAAGUGCUUGUUUCUCUCCAACAGCUUCAACAAGAUAUUGCAGUAUUGAAAGUAUCCAGCACAUCUGCUCAAACUCAAAUCGGGUCGUCAGGCAUUUCACAAAGGGUUGUAGAACUCGACGACGAGAAUUCACCAAUCUCACAGCAGACCACUCUGGAUGAUACCAUCAGUCGAUUGAUGCAGUUACUGGAAAAGAAGCCCUGCACUAUUGAGUUCGAUGACGCACAGGAAAUAUUCGACGACCUGGAGCGCCUAUUGCAGUCUAUUCGGGAUGAUGCACAGUCUACAAAAGCCGAGGAAGAGGAUCAGGAUGAAGAUACAGACGUCUCAAAGGAGAUGAAGUUAUUCACAAGUCUGAUUUUCUCAGCCCAAUCUUUGAGAGUCAACCAAGCCGAACCGAUGAACUCCUUCGAGGUUACUGAGCCAAGAGUUGGUAUCCUUCAACAUAGAAAGCGCAGAGAAAUGGACACUGGCGACAAUGUCCUUACAGUCACGACCACAAAUCAGCGGAGGAAACUUCUGCCAGCGUCAAAAAACGCUGCAGACAGCAAUGUUUGUGGAUGCGGGUUCCUUGGAAAUCUAACUGUAAAGUCUAAGGCCAAGAAGAAAAUGAUCACGGUAUCUGUACGCCGGGGCCUGGUCCUUUUUGAUCGAUUCACAAGCAUGUUGCCACGAGUAAUAGUGUGCCAGAUUCUCCCCAACGACUCGCACGUAUUCCAAGUGGCAUCAGAGGGGUCUAUUCAAGAUCUUAUGAGAUUGAUAGUUGAGAACAAAGCUAGCCUUCAUGACCAUGAUGAGAACGGCUGGUCUUUGCUCCAUCAUGCGGUCGGAAAUCUUCCAAUGAUGAGAUUUCUUAUCGAUGAGGGGUUAGAUGUUAACGAGGUUGCACAAGACAACCACGAAUAUCACACCAGUGAAACGAACCCUCUAGUUAUAGCACACGAUCUUCGCUAUGAUGAUAUCAACUUUUCAGAAGUUCUUUUAUGUGCUGGAGCUGAUCCGACUGUUGACUUGAAGGGUCGAACAAUGUUGGUCAAAACCUUGACCUCCAUGGCCCACAUUGAGACCAGGAACAUACUAUACCGCACCUUUCGUAUUAGCCCAUUCGUGCUUCCAGGCCCUCGGCCUGAUGAUUACGAUCUUAUGUUUAACUUCUGUCGCACAUGGCCAGAAUCCUCAGCAGAGGACUUCAAUCCAGGGCAAGAGCGGCAAACUUUGGACCUUCUAAUCAGCCGCGGCUACAACUUACCGACUUUCGAAUGGAAGCAAACGGGCCUUCACGGAUUCUUCUCAAGCCAGAGAAAAUCAUUCUCAAGAGUAACCGAGCGACGCGAUCUGUUAACUUAUCUCAUCUCUAGGGGCGCCGACCCUUGCACAGCCGAUAAUUGGGGUGAAACACCAUCAUACCUCGCAUAUGGAAGCAUGUGUGGGCCCUGCUCCAUGUCGCAGUCCUCUUUGAUGGGUGAUCUAUGGGACACUGUUCUGGACAUUUGUGGCUACGACAUCUCAAUAUUCCGGCGCAAUUGCCCGCGGAAAGCAAGUUAUAAAAAUGGCUAUAGCCGUGAAAUGUUCGAAGAACUCUGGCUUGGCAGGGAGGAGCGCUGCCCCUACUGGAGCGAUGAGCCUUGGCCAGAGUUCUCAAAUGAAGAGGCGGUGUCCACUUUUGAGUCGCCACUAGUCCGGGGCUUGUGCACAAAUUGCAGAUUUUGCUUCAGUGACUACUAUGGUGGUCCUUGUUAUAAUUGUGGAAUUUGUCUUUUGGUCUUCCAGUACUCCUGUGCUGAAAAAUCCGACCCUGAUCAUGAGCACAACUCCAGUUGUCCACGCUCACGGGUUGGGUAUUUUGAGCGGUCUGAAAAUGAUGGUCAAUGUAUUUUCAAACCGAAGAGAUCUUCAAAUUGUGACUCGGAUAAUGACGAGCUUGAUGACGACAACAUUUUGUCCUCGAGCGAUGAAUUUGAAGAUGAACAGUCACUGUCAGAUCUGCCAGUAACUAAUCACUGGAGUUAUGGCUCUGAGGAAAUUAUUUCAGAAGACGAGUCAGAUGGUGGAGUUUCAUUAUAACCUUUCAAGAAAUAGAGUUCUUGAAUGCUUAGUAAAGUGUCAGAGAGGCCAAAAACCUCGGGAUUCUAUCCUAAGUAGUGAAAAGAUUUAGACGAUUUAGUCUAAAUUUAGAGGAACCUUUGCCGAG